AUGUCGCAACCUGCGCUGGCCGAGAGCCAAGCACUAUACCUCGAUCCAGCGAUCCGCGAUUGGGUCCUAUUUCCUAUAGUGCUUGUAAUGGUUCUCGUGGGUAUUCUUAGACAUCAAAUAACACUUCUCCUUUCCGGUUCACCCAAGAAACCCACCUCCAAAGCUAUUCGUGAAACCAAAGCUCUCCAACGCGGCGUGAUUCUUCGCACGUACGGAAACAACAUUCCGCCGACGGCGUUUUCGUCGCGAAAGACAAUCUUGACGCAGGCUUACGAGAGAGGCGUGUAUUUGAAGAACCCAGGGCAGACAAACGCGCCAGUUAAUCCAAUGACAGAUCCGCAAGGAAUGGAAAUCAUGAUGGAAGGAAUGAAGAAAAACAUGGCCAUGAUCAUACCACAGACUAUCAUCAUGGGAUGGAUUAAUUUCUUCUUUUCCGGGUUUGUGUUGAUAAAAUUACCAUUUCCGUUAACGGUUCGCUUCAAAACCAUGCUCCAACGGGGUGUAGAAACACCCGAUAUGGACGUAACCUGGGUCUCCUCUCUAUCCUGGUACUUCCUUAACCUCUUUGGUCUUCGUCCCAUCUACACUCUACUCCUCGGCGAGGAUAAUUCCGCUGAUGGUAUGCGGGACAUGGCCGCAAUGUCUACCAUGGGAGUGACGCAAACAGGACAACCGCAAGAUUUCAACAAGUUGUUUCAGACGGAAAAGGAGAAUUUGCAACUCACGCCGCACGAGUGGGAAUUGGAUAGGAUCGAGAAUCGGCUUUUGGUAAAGUACGGGAAGAGAGCGGAAUCGAUUGGAGAUGUGAAAAAAGAGGAUGUCACUGAUAAAGAAAAGGAAUCUGUGUUGGAAGGAAAGGGCAAGCGGAAGAAAGGCCAAAAACGAGAUUGA